AUAUAUUCCUUCUCCAGUAUAAAUAGGAAAACAAAGAAAUCAAAUUCCAUCAACACAAAAUCAGCAUUUCAGUUAUAUAAUUAAUCAUUUCUGUAUUCCGAUAUUCGUGAUGUCGACGACUGUAGAAGCUUCCAAGGCCGCUGCUGAGCCACCCAAGACGGUGGUUUCCGAGAAGAAACGUUCAAAGCCGGCGGCGAAGCCGGUGAAGGAGAAGAAAGCUAAGGUCUCCAAGCCCAAAUCUGCCAAAACUGCUUCUCAUCCUACCUAUUUUGAGAUGAUCAAAGAGGCAAUAUCAGCACUGAAGGAGAGAGCAGGAUCAAGUCCAUACGCAAUUGCCAAAUACAUGGAAGACAAGCACAAAGCCGUGUUGCCAGCCAAUUUCCGAAAAAUUCUAGGGCUCCAAUUGAAGAACUCCGCCACCAAAGGCAAGCUAAUCAAGGUCAAGGCCUCCUACAAGCUCUCCGACUCCACCAAAACUAAUGCUCCCAAGCCUGUUGUGGCUAAGAAGAAAGUCGAGAAGGCGAAGAAGCCUGUUGCAGCCAAGGCCAAGCCGGUGAAGAAGACAAAGGCUGUUGCUUCUCCUGCUGUGAAGAAGACGAAGAAGCGAGCUGCACCACCUGCCAAGGCCAAGGCGAAGCAGCCCAAGUCAAUCAAGUCUCCUGUGAAGAAAGCGAAGAAGGCUUAGAGAGAUGUGAGAUGGAGUGAUGGUAGUUUGUACAGGGGGUUGUGGUAGGAGAAAAGAGUAGAAGUUUGUUUUUGUGUUUUGAAACGUCAAUGUUGAUAUGGAUGCAAUGAGUUUUCAUCUUUUAUAUGAAUGCAAUGUGAAGAAAACUAGUUGGUUUCAAUUCA